UUGAACACACUUAGGUGCCAAAGGACACAAACAUGGCGGCCUCCUUAUGGUUGGGGCGUCGAGCCGUAUUAACCGGGCUGAGAAUAAUCAAAAUUAAAGAAUGUCACUGGAGUCCGCAUGGGGGUCGGGGUUCAUUCAGGCAGUUAUUUCAGUCCCCGUCUUUUCUGGGGGCCGCCCCUAUCAAAGUGCAGAUGCCGGCACUCUCCCCAACCAUGGAAGAAGGCAACAUUGUGAAAUGGCUGAAGAAGGAAGGUGAAGCAGUGGCAGCUGGCGAUGCUCUCUGCGAAAUUGAGACAGACAAGGCUGUGGUUACCAUGGAAUCCAACGAUGAUGGUGUUCUAGCUAAAAUUCUGAUAGAAGAAGGUAGUAAAAAUGUGCGUUUAGGGACUCUCAUUGCAGUGAUGGUCGAGGAAGGGGAAGACUGGAAACAAGUGGAAAUCCCUUCUCUCGUCUCCUCACAGCCUGCUCCAUCUCCUCCUCCACCUGCAGCUGCUCCGCUCUCUGCAGCUCCUGUAGCCCCACCCCCCAGAGCUGCACCUGCUGGACUGUUGCGGUUAAGUCCUGCUGCCAGACACAUUCUGGACACACAUGGUUUGGACCCUCACCUAGCCACAGCCACUGGCCCACGAGGCCUCAUCACUAAAGAGGAUGCUCUGAACCUGCUGAAGAAGGGAGACGCAGCCCAUCGCGUGGCUCCAGUGUCUGCUCCUCCUCCUGCUUCCCCUGCUCCUGCAGCUCCAGCUCCAGCUCCAACCCCUGCCGCCCCCGCUCCCUCAGCCGCUCCAGCCUCAGGCCGGCCUCUCUACCCACCCAUAUCAGUGCCCGGCAAACCUGGAGCUCCAGGCACCUUCACAGAGGUCCCAGCCUCCAACGUGCGGAGAGUCAUUGCACAGAGGCUGACCCAGUCCAAAACCACCAUCCCUCACGCGUACGCCUCAGUGGACUGUGACCUUGGGGCAGUCUUGCAGCUUCGUAAGGAGCUAGCUCAAGAGGAGAUCAAGGUGUCGGUCAAUGACUUCAUUAUCAAAGCUGCUGCUGUCACACUCAAAGAGAUGCCAGAGGUCAACGUGACCUGGUCAGGGGAUGGACCUCAGGCCCUCGACUCCAUCCACAUCUCCAUCGCCGUGGCGACCGACCGUGGCCUCAUCACCCCCAUCAUCAAAGACGCGGCAAACAAAGGUGUGCAGGAGAUUGCCGCCAACGCCAAGGCAUUGGCUCAGAAAGCAAGGGCAGGGAAACUGCUACCAGAAGAAUACCAGGGGGGAUCCUUCAGUGUCUCCAACCUGGGCAUGUUCGGCAUCAGUGGCUUCAGUGCAGUAAUCAACCCUCCACAGUCCUGUAUCCUGGCAGUGGGCCGCUCCAGGGAUGAGCUGACGCUGACCCCAGAAAGCCAGGAUGGCUCAGGCCCCAGCCUCCGUACCCGGCAACUAAUGACCGUCACCCUGUCCAGCGACGGACGACUAGUGGACGACGAACUCGCCUCCCGCUUCUUGGACAGAUUCCGUGCCAACUUGGAGAAGCCCCAACGCAUGGCUCUGGCCUAGCCUGCCGAGUAAGAGAGUGAAAGAGAGAGAGAAAGAAGGGCAGAGUGUGAGAGAGAGAGAGAGAGAGAGAGAGGAGUAUAUUGGACUGAGUGACUGUUACCAAUGAAGUAGCAUAGCAGGGUUUUCAAAUUUCAACUAAGAAAGAUGUUCAUGCCUGGAUUUAUUUCUAUUCACCAUUGAAAGCUGCGUAAAAGUACAUAAAGGUGUUCUGGUGCACACUGUGUGCCAGUUCCAAGUUCCUUCUCUGUUGGGUACAUUCAUGGCUAAUCUGUAAUGCAGAAGUGUAACGACAAGUGGUUUCGGCUUUGUACAUUUGGACAUAUUUGAGUAUUUAUUGUGGCCAGUAACAUUAUAGUUCACUAAUGGCUCACUGUAAGUGUAUGACACUUAAAAAAAUUUAAAUUGCUUUAUUAAUAAAUUUAGUGUGGCCUAUUUUUUUUCCUUAUCCAUUCUGUCACAGUCCUGUUUACUGUAACUUUGUUUUUUUUUCUGACUUACUGAAAACUCAGAUCCCACCUUCUUCUGGAGAGUCAUAAACCACAGAGUCAAGCAAAUAAAAACCACGUCUACAACACUAAA